CGGCCGCCAUUAAACACGAAGAAGUUAUACCACGUACAUGCUGCUGUCGUCUCGUAUGUUUUCUGAAUAAGUGGAGAGAGCCUAUGAAGUGAUGGAAAUGAUGACUGAGGAAUCUGUGGCCAAGCGGGCUGAUGGAGCAUCAAGAGGUGAAGCAUCUGUCAAGCUGGAAUUCCUGACAACCAAAGAAAAGUUUCAUGAAUUCUUAGAUGCAGAGUGGCAGUGUCCAAACAAAGAAAAGGAUAGUGAUAAUGGGACAGCUCGGGAGCCAUGUGUGGAAGAGCCGGAGUCAAAAAAGAUCAAACUGGACACUGAGGAAAAAAAGAAGAAAGAUAAACAUGUACAACGCCAUUGUAAAUCAUGGCGACAGAUGAGGCUCCCAAAAUAUGACCAACGGAUGUGUCAGUCUGUCAUGCAGGAUAAUAAGGAAUGCUCCUAUGGAGACAAAUGCAAAUAUGGCCAUGAUGUUGCAGACUACAUGGCCACCAAGCCGGCUGACGUUGGGGAAAACUGCUACCUCUACGACACAUUUGGGAAGUGUGCUUAUAGUUUCACGUGCCGUUUUGCAAAGGCGCACACUACUGCUGACUUCAAAACUGUGGUGAAUGCAGAUCUAGUUAAGGCCUAUGAGAACAGAAUCCUGGUGAAGAACUGCUUGGAUAAAGACCUCCAGAUUCGUUUGCAGAAGCAUUUGGUGGCUUUUGAUAAGUCAACUGAGUACCUCAAAACAAUAUCUAAUAACAGGGACCAAGGAAAACAAGGGAACGCAACAGUAUCUGCGGAUCCUUCAGGAGAAGAGCAUUGCGUGUCUGCUGAAGCAGAAACCCAGCUAACAGGAGAAGAGCAUCACGUGUCUACUGAAGCAGAAACACACGUACCAGGAGAAGAGCAUCGCGUGUCUACUGAAGCAGAAACACACGUACCAGGAGAAGAGGAUCACAUGUCUACUGAAGCAGAAGCACACGUACCAGGAGAAGAGGAUCGCGUGUCUGCUGAAGCAGAAACACACAUACCAGGAGUAGAGCAUUGCGUGUCUACUGAAGCAGAAACACAGGCCAGCCCAGAGACACAGACUUUAGUGAAGACAGUUGGUCCACUGACCGAUGCAGAUGUCAUUAAGUUGCGUCCUUGUGAAAAAAAGCAGGUGGACUUUCAAGACAAGUUGUACCUCGCUCCUCUCACAACUGUUGGAAAUUUACCUUUCCGCCGCAUAUGCAAACGCUUUGGCGCGGACAUCACUUGUGGGGAAAUGGCUAUGUGCACAAACCUGCUGCGGGGGCAAAAGUCAGAGUGGGCGCUCUUAAAGAGGCACGAAAGCGAAGACCUUUUCGGGGUCCAGGUGGAGGGCUGUUUCCCCGACACCAUGACGAGGUGUGCUGAACUUAUAAACAACAAUACUGAUGUUGACUUUGUGGACAUCAAUGCUGGAUGCCCCAUCGAUCUUGUUUACCAAAAGGGUGGAGGAUGUAGCUUGAUGACACGUAGCAAAAAGUUCAAACAAAUAGUCAACGGUAUGAAUUAUGUCCUUGAUGUCCCACUUACAGUCAAGAUGCGCACUGGUGUUUACGCAGACUGUAACCAAGCGCAUAAACUUAUUCCAGAAAUGAAGACUUGGGGUCUGUCUCUGAUCACACUGCACGGCCGAUCCAGGGAGCAGCGCUACACCAAGUUAGCAGACUGGGACUACAUCAGCACCUGCUCCAAGCUAGCGAGCCCCAUCCCUCUUUUUGGUAAUGGAGAUAUUCUGUCCUAUGAAGAUGCCAUGAAGGCAAGAGAGACCGGAGUUUCUGGUAUUAUGAUUGCAAGGGGUGCUCUUUAUAAGCCCUGGAUCUUCACUGAAAUAAAAGAGAGGAGGCACUGGGACAUCUCAUCCAGUGAGCGACUGGACAUACUCAGAGAUUUCACCAACUUCGGCCUGGAGCACUGGGGUUCUGACACGUAUGGUCUGGGGACAACCCGCAAGUUUUUGCUGCAGUGGCUCUCGUUUACAUGCAGAUAUAUUCCGGUGGGUCUGCUGGAGCGAGUGCCUCAGAAGAUCAACGAGCGACCCCCAUACUAUUUGGGCAGAAACUAUCUGGAAGUACUGAUGGCUAGUCAAAAUGUUGAGGACUGGAUCAAGAUUAGCGAAAUGCUUCUUGGACCUGUACCGAAGACAUUCAAGUUUCAGCCCAAGCACAAAGCCAAUUCCUAUGAGUGAUUUUCAUCUUUAUUUUAACAGUUGAAAUAGUGUUUUUAGUUGCUGUUCAUCAGAUUAACAGUAAAGCAUUUGAUCCCCUGCCAUCUGCCUCAUUUUGGCUUGCUAGUAUCUCACAAAAAAAAGUGAAAUUUCCCAUCAAUGGGAUAGUUUUGAACAAUAAAGACUAUUGAAUAGUUUUGUUAAUCAAACAAUGGCAAAGAAUGAUUCUAAAUGAUACCUGCAUUCAGGGAAAAUAUGCAAUAAAGUCUUUUGCCACUG